AGCGUGGAGUCGGCGCCCGUUGAGCAGACCGGACCGGGAGACCGCCAGGGAUGCGGCGAUCUAUCUGGAAGGCGGGAUGUCUGCUGCGGCUGCUGGCAGGCCUCCACACUGCGGCGCUGUGCAGAGUAGGAACGUCAGCCACCGCGGGCUCCAUCACCACCGUCCCCGUGGGUGGAACGGUGAGGUUCCCCGUCCUACAUCACAGCCAGGAGAGGUUCGAGGUGGCAAUGGGGCGGAUCCAUCCCGAUCUUGCAAUCCUGGCCUGGAAGUCUGACAGCCCGGAGUAUCCGUACAUGGUCCGCCCAUCCUACAGGGACAGGGUCCACUUCCGACGGGACGCCUUCAUCGAGCUGCGGGCCCUGAGGCCGGGUGACCAGGGGACGUACGAGGUGCAGAUAAACUACUUGGGGAGGGAUCUGAGGAACCGUGACCGGGAGCGCUUUGAGCUGCGAGUGGUCGAGCCGAUGUCCACACCGACCGUGGAGGUCAGCCGCAACUCGUCGCAUCUCACGCUGGACUGCUCCACUGUCAGCGGCUGCCCCGUCACCUACCGGUGGGAGCGGCGAUCGCAGGAUCCUGGCGUGGGGAACGCCACCUUCCCCGGAGCCGUGCUGUACCUGCCGGACCCGGGGCAGCACACCUGCACCUGCACCUACACCUGCAUCGCAGAAGAUUGCUGCAGCCGCCGGGUCAGCGACGCAUUCCCUGCAACGCUGCUCUCCGUCGCCCUGCCCGGAGGGUCCAAGAGUCGUUGGGCGAUCGUUCUCUCCGUGUUCCUUCUCGCUGCGAUCCUUCUCGCUGUGAUUCUUCUCGCUGUUGCGUGCUGGGAGACCGGGCAUCGAAACUCCGCAGAAACUGCCGUGAGUGUCCUCACCUUCACACCCUCGGACAACGGUGAUUAA